AGUAUUUUCCUGCAGUGCUGAGGUUCCUCUCUUUUGGCUGGCCUUGUUGCUCACGGGUGUCACCGUAACGGUUACUCAUGGACUAGAUAUGCUAGGAUGGUUUAUUAUUAGCAGUUCUACCCCAAUCAGCCAUUGGAGGAAGGUCUGAGGGGCAAAAAUAAAGAGGUAACCACCCUGAGCCUGUCUGCGUGCUGUUUACAGGGAUAUUUUAGACCUGGAAGAGUCCACAUUUACGCCAGAGGUUGAACGUCCUUGCCAUUUGGCAUAGAGGAGCAAAGCAGAUACAGACAGAAGGAGAAGAGAAGAGAACGAAAGCAGGAUAGAGGUUGUACGGAUAGGGGGACGGUCUGACAGAGAGGAGAAGAGACAGAGACUCAGCCCCGGAGGAGGAGCUGCUGUCCCGGGGCUGGUCCCUGUGCUACAGCGGCUCACUCUCUGUGUGUUUGCGCCGUUCCUCGUGCCGUGAUGAAGUCUUGUGGAGAGGCUGUGGGCUUGAGAGAAGUUCGAGGACUCUGCCGAGGUUUCUGGUCCCCCAGCGAGGCGCAGGCUGUCUGCUGGAGAGGGGGAUUCAUCUGAAGACCACAAGCACACAAACACUCACUGGCUGAGUGUUCAUUUUUUAAGACAGAACUUUUUCUUAUUUUUGUACUUCUCCAGACCACAGCAAAAGGACCACCAAGAUGAGUCGAUGGCUCAAAUGCACCUCCAUGUACUUUAACACAGACUGGAAUAAGUAUGAUGACAGGCUGAUGAAGGCAGUGGAGAGGAGGGAGGUGGACAAGGUCGCAGCAGUGCUUGGCAAGAAGGGCAUCAUCCCCACCAAACUUGACGUAGAGGGCCGCUCUGCCUUCCAUCUUGCUGCCACCAGAGGACAUCUCGACUGCCUGAACCUCAUUCUUAAUCACGGUGUGGAUGUCACGGCCACGGAUGCCACAGGAAAAAAUGCCUUACACCUGGCAGCCAGAAAUGCCCAUUCACUAUGUGUGCAGAAACUACUCCAGCACAAUUGCCCAGUGGGAAACGUGGACCUGCAGGGAAGAACAGCCUUGCAUGAUGCUGUCAUGGCCGGCUGCUCCUCCAGUGUGAAGCUGCUCUGUGACAGUGGGGCAUCAGUUAAUGUCUGCGAUUUUGAUGGUCGCACUCCAUUGGUGCUUGCCACUCAAAUGUGUCAUCCACACAUCUGUCAGCUGCUGUUAGAACGAGGAAGUGACAUCACAGUCAGAGACAAACAGAACAAAACGGCAUUGAUUCUGGGCUGCGAGUAUGCAUGUAAGGAUGCUGUGGACGUUUUGUUGAAACAUGGUGCUGACGUCACUGCUGUGGAUGGUUUCAGCCAUGACAGUUAUCACUAUGCACGGCUCAGCAAAAACCAGGAGCUUGUCUCUCUGGUCAAGAGUUAUCUGGACAUUGCCACAAAAGCAAAAGAGGCUGCCAAGAUGGAACAAAAAAAGAGACAGAUGGUCUCUGAAACCUCUAACCAUGAUAAGAUCAUACAGGACUUGGAGAAAAAGAAUGAGAGCCAACAGGAGACACUAAAGCAGUUCCACCAGGAAAAGAGAACGCUGCUCGAUAAAGUUAACACGCUUCAGCAGCAACUCAGUCAGGAAAAGUCAACAGUGGAGGACAUUCACAAGGAGAAAGAACAGCUGAAGCGUUUACUUUCUGCCAAAGAGAAGGAGGAAGGAGCCAGGGCCAUGGAGACUGUGAGAGUCCAGCAGCGGAGUCAUUUGGGAGAUUACCCUGGCCAGUCUGUGAUCAAAGGAAAAGACAAUGUACUAGUGCGACAGUCACACAGCCUGGAUUCUGCUCAGAUCUUGCAGCCUACAGGACCAUCUCGAUCAGUGGCUCGACCUUUGGAGCUGUCUCGGCCAGUGGUUGGUGAUCCUGAAACACUCUUUCAAGAGCUUGAAUGUGUCCGCAGACAGCAAGAGGCUGCACAAGAGGAGGUGGGCAGCCUCCAAAAGGCUCUAGCAUGCAAGUCUCAGGAGUGUGAGGAGCUGACUAGGAAGUGUGAGACCACCAAACGCGAAUCAGAUCAGCAGAUUCACGAGUUGGAGGAAGCCAUGGGAGAUGUGCAGAAGCGAAUGAUAGACUCUGAGGCAAAGGUGAAACAGCUUCAGGCUCAUGUGGUGGCGGUAAAGGAGCAUCUCAGUAACCAAGUUGUUGAUGACCUCAAAGCACAGCUGAAUGAGGUGAAGGCAAAGUAUGAGGGUGCUUCUGCUGAAGUUGGACGGGUCAGGAACCAUUUAAAGCAGAGUGAGAAAGCUUUGGAGGAAUACAAGAAAAGUGAAGGGCUUCUGGCUGUGGAGGUUGAGAGGCUCACUGCAGAGCUGAGUGCAAUGCAUGAGGACCAUAAGAACAUGGAGGAGACGCUCUUAAACUUGGAGGGUCAAGUGAAGACUGCAGAUGCCAGGUUGACCUUGAUGGUUCCUGGAGAGAAGUUUGACAACAUGAAAAACCUCCUUACCAAUGCUGUAGAUGAGAAGGAGCUACAGCUGGCUGAGUUAAGGGAAGAUUAUGACCGUGUGCUGGAGGAAGUGGCAGAGCUCCACCGUGCAAUGGAUGACCGACAAACGGUCCCCCUGCAAGAGCACGAGCGAGUACGGGCUGCUCUUGAGGAGCAAAGCUCAACCCUGAAGAAGAAACUUGCAGAUGUCACUGCAAAGUGUCAGUCAUUAAUAUGUGAAGUGGAGGAAGGUGAUGAUGAGAGAGAACUGCUCAGAGAAGAGCUGCAGGAGCUCAGCAACAAUAUGAAGACCAAGUUCGUGACCUUGGAAAACCAUGAGGAGGUGAAGAGGUCUAUGGGACUCGCUGUGGAGGAAUUGAGGGUUAGGUUAGCAGAGGAGACUGAGAAGAGAAAACAGACUGAAGAGCAGCUACAAAGGCUGCAGGAAGAGAAGACUACUCUUUGUGAGAACAUUGCCAAUCUGAGGAGCAUGUACAUCCCUUGUGAACGUUAUGAGAGCGAGAUGGCUGCACUCACAGAAAUCAACACAGAACUGGAAAGAGAUCUUAAUAGCCUUCAAGAUCAAUACCAGGAGAAAGUCAGUGAACUUGAGAUUUUGGCAGCUGAAAAAUCAUUACUGAAGCAGAGCUUUGACAUUGAGUUUGUCACAAAGAAUGAGCAUGAGAGAGUGCAGACAGAGUUAAAUGAGGCUUUGGAGAAAGCAAAGAUUGAAAUUGCAAAGUUGAGGGAUGAUUAUAGAGUUGGGGAUGAGGAGUUACAGAAGGCGAAAGAAGGAAAUGCUAUGUUGAAGGAGGAGUUUGAGAAUGUGCAGGCCAAGUUAGAAAAUGAGUAUAUAAGCCGUGUGGAACAUGAGAUCUUGAAAACCACAAUGAGCAAAGCUUUAUCAGAAGCAGAGGGAAGAGCUCAAGAUGCAUACUCCAAGUACCAGUGUGCUCAAGAGAGCGCAUCAAAGCUCCAUGAGGAAGUUGAAGCACAGAAGAAAGAGUUGGAUACUAUUCAAGAGGCAUUGCAGUUGAAGUUUGUUCCGUUGACUGCUAUGGAGGAAAAAGAGAUGCAUUUCAACACCGUUUUGAAGGACUUGGCAGAAAAACUUGCCGAAAUGCAGGAGAUGUACAGUGACGAAAAGACCAAAGGGGAAUGCCAAAGGCAGGAGAACGAAAAAUUGAAAGAUGAGAUGGCAUCUCUGCAGCAGAAACUUCAGACGGGGAUUGUGUCCAGUGAGAAGUACAAAGAAGUGGAAGAUCGCUGCAAGGGCCAGGUGGAGGAGCUGAGUCUGAAGUUGGUGGAGCUGGAGCAGCAAUAUAAAGAGGUUACGAUCCAGCGGGCCGAACUAGAAGAGAAAAAUGCAUUGUGCAACUCUGAGAUCCAGAGUCUCCAAAAGAAACUGAACUGUGAGUAUGUCCAUCUGGAGCAGUUUGAGGCCAUGCAGAGCUCUCUGAGUGGCAGCCUGCAGGAGGUGCAAAAGGAGUGCAAGUGCCUACGUGAAGCUCAUAGACUGGAAGUCCAGCGUGUUCAUGAACUAGAGAAACAGCUUCAGAGUCAGAGCUGUGAUGAGGCCCAGUAUAGCCAGGUUAGAGAGGCUCUGGAACAUGAGGUCAAUGAGCUUCGCUUGGCACUGCGGGAGGAGGAAGAAACCAGUGCGCAAAGGGCUGAGGACGUAGCUACUCUGCAGACUGAGCUUCUUAGAGCCACACACGCUCUGGAUGACCUCCGCAGCCAUGAAGAGCAGGUGACCAAGCUCAGAGCUGAAAAGCAGAAGUUGGAGGAGGAGGUGCGUGAGCUUGGCGAUCGGCUUUCAGGACUGGAUGAGCAGUAUAAGGACCUAUACAGGGAAACGACUCGGGCUAGGGAGGGUGAAAAGAGGGCGAGAACAGAAACCGAGGCCUUGCAGGUAAAGAGUGCCUCUAUUGAGAAGGAGAUUGGAGAUCUGAAGGAGAGAUACGAGGAAUCGAUGGGCACCAUUGUAGAACUGCAGAAGAGGAUUCAGGCAUCCACAGAGCAGACUGAGCUUAAAGACAAAAGGAUCACAGAACUGUUGGCAGAUGUUGAAAGGCUGAAACAGGCUCUGAAUGGCUUAUCCCAGCUGGCUUAUGCUGGCAACACGCCCAACAAGAGACAGACUCAACACAUUGACGCACUCCAAGCCCAGGUCAAGAGCCUCCAGCAACAGCUGGCUGAUGCUGAGAGGCAACACAGAGAAGUGGUUUCAAUUUAUCGAACUCAUCUUCUCAGUGCGGCACAGGGUCACAUGGAUGAAGAUGUCCAAGCUGCCUUAUUGCAGAUCAUUCGAAUGAGACAAGGUUUUGUGUGUUGAGCUCAGCACACUGAGACUACACUGACUCCAAUUCAUCAUUCGCACAGUAACCUCACGUUCAGCUCAGUGCGGUUUGAUACUGCUCUGGAAUACUUCGGUCAGAAAGUCACAUAUUGCAACAUUUGACGUCCUGAUUAGGCUGAGUGUUGUAAGCACUAACAUUGUGUAUCUAUAACAUAGAUUUGCUUUGUGACACUACUAGAUAUAGCAGUAAGGAUAGUUAUACUUAUCCAAAAUCAUAAAUCAUAAACAUGAGAGGCAAUGGAUAAUGAUUUAUUCACAAAUGAGCAUACUGGCUUAACUAGGUGCGCUAUUGCUACAAGCUAUAGAGGUGAAGGAAAGUGUGGAUUGCUUUAAAGAUGUAAACUGCACAUUCAGUGAUUAAGUCUCAUGUACGUCCUUAUUUCAUGUUGAAAUAACCUAACUACAGUUUAAAGAAGAACAUUCCCUCGCUCCACUCUUAUAGCCUUGAUCUGAGCUACAUGUACAGUGUAUUAAUGAGGGACUAGAGAUUUUAACCUUCUGUUCUUAGUCCAGCAUUAUUGUAUCCUCAGCAGUGGUUACAGUAAUAUUCUGGUUAGAGGAAGUAGAUCUUUCAACACUAAGGAAACUAGCUUCCAGGCUUUAGUGGAGUGGUGUGCACAGAGGCACAUCCUGGGCAGACAAUAGUAAUAUAACAUGUAAGUUAAUGCACAUACAGUAUACAGUAAGAGCAUAAAUGCACAGUAAAAGUCAUUUGCACAGAUGUUUUGGAGGCUCCCAGAAUUGUUAUGAUCCAAAGUCAUCAUAAAAGAUCAGAGCACACCACUGCAGCUUCUUCGUACACUUAUCUUUUGCAGAUUUGCCCAUGUCCAUACACUGGAUCGUUUGUUCCAAAUACGUGUGAUGUAUUUGAGUCAGUGGGUGUCUGUUGGGUUGGGUGACUUAGGGUGGAGUUGUUGUUUUACUGAAGUGUUUAUGUUAAAUUGCUUUGCUUCUGCAGUGACAGCAUCAGACUGUGUCUCACCAGCGAAGCAUUUAACACUGAGGCCUUUCAUAACACUCUAUCCCUCAUGGUCCUGUGUCCUGGCUGAUAUCGCCAUCUAGUGGUGUGACUUGGCUGGCCAAGUUUGAUGUGUGGUUUUGUGUAGGAGAAUGUGAUGCAUUUAGGAAUUCUCCCUUUUGAUGCUUCCCAAAUCUGAUAUAUCACCUUUUACAUGGCUUUGUAAUGCUUUUGAUUAAUGAACAACACCAUGUUUGUGGUAACUAUUACAGAAUUCAGCAGGACUGGAAUGGAAAGGCACAAUAAUCUGUUCAAUAUACAUGACUGUAUACUGACAGACAUUUAUAUUUUGUGGAUCUGUUUUUUUCCCCCUUCUUCAUCUAAACUGUCAAAUUAUCAUUUAAGGUCUCCAAUCAGAUAUUCUAAAAUUGAGCACCCAACCAUGGCUGUCCAGUAUUGAUUUUAUUUAUUUUUAAAAUACCACCGGCGUCGUGCCAUUUGGUUUGAUUGGUAUCAACUGAUGCUAUUGGUUUUCUCUUUUGGGGAUGACUAAUUGUAAUGGUUUCAUUAUUUAUAAGUAUUACAUUCUAACUGUGCUCUUAUGAUUAUCAGUUAGUCUGUGUUUUUCCUUCAUGGACAUUUUCUUUCCUUUUGUUUUGAGUCUAACAUCAAUAAAAGUGCCUCUUUUAGACUAAA